CUGCUCUUUGAACCUUGUGUUCCCUAUAUGCAGGAAGGGUGGAGCUUCUAUAUUCUUCAUCCCAGAACGUUGAAGACAUUCCAGUCAGAAGAAGAGUCCGUCUCAUUCAAGUGUCUUCCAGGCCCUACAAAAGCUCCAUGAUCCAGCGUCCCACCCCGUCCCACCCCAUAACCCAACACCCCCUAUACACUAACUCCAUUUGCCGAAACAGGACCUGAGACUUUUGGCAGUUUUAGUCUAGGGUCCUCACCGGAUACAAGGACAAGCAUGGCUGAUAAACUUGCAGGUGCGGCAGAUGAGCCCAGCGCCCUAAACAUCUUCUCUCUGCUGGAGAGGGUGUCUGGGAUCAUAGACAACGUACAGGCGUGCCAGCAACGCAUGGAGGAGAGACAGUUGGAGUUGGAGAACAGUGUGAAGACCAUCCAGGCGGACGUUGAGAAGUUGACGAAGGAGCACACAGCUACAAGUAUCACAGUGGAGAAACUUCUGGAGAAAACAUGCAAGGUCAGCUGCCACGUCAAGGACGUCCGUGUCCGUGUGGAGAAGCAGAACAUUCGUGUCAAGAAGGUAGAGGAGACCCAAGUUGAGCUUCUGAACAAGAACAAGUUCCGUGUAGUCAUCUACCAGGGUGAUAAUGAGGUCCCAGCUGUAGCUGCCCCUAAAGACUCUCCAAAAGGAGCAACCGGUGGAGAUGCGCCCGUAGACCCUGAUGCACAGGAGGCCCCACUCCCUGACUCUGAUGAGGAAUACAUGGUUGUCGAGGAGGCAGACUCCUCUACUGCAGCCAGGAUGAAAAAAACCGGCCUGAAACGCAUCGAGAGCCUGAAGCAAACCUUUUCAAGAGAGAACAUGACUAAGACCAAGGAGAACCUGGGCACCAAGGUCAACAAGCUGGGUGAGCGUAUAAUAACGACUGAGCGACGUGAGAAAAUCCGCCAGUCUGGGGAACGCCUAAAACAAUCUGGUGAACGUUUCAAGGAAUCCAUCACCAAAACCAUGCCAGCCAAGCUGAACCUUAAGAAGGAGAGGACGGUGGCUGAAGGUCGAGAAGGAGCAGAGGGGACCACAGAGGGAACGGCACCUGUCCCACCACCGAAGGGUCGCAGGGCCAGCCCUGACGUGGCCUACACAGAGCCAACAGCGAAACAAGAAGGUGCAGAUGAAGGCAAAGGCGAGGAAUCGGAAGUACCAAUGUAUGAUAUGAAGCAGCUUUCUUAAGCAGAAAGUCUGACUAAGGGAACCUUGGCAGAUUUUAGUCACAUUUGGGAAAGACUACUGUGCAAAUAAGAUUUUGAAUAUGGAAUUGAAGAACUUGAAGGUGAUAAGAUUGGGCCAGUCUAAGAUCUUGAUUUUGAGUGGAAUGUGCUUACGACAACUGAAUGAACAAAUUAAGGAAGAUACACACGAUAUCCAUUAAGAUAAUUUUGUUGUUGUUGUUUUUAGGAUUUCUUGUUUACAUCUACCAAGGACUCUGAAAGAUGCAAGGGUUUGUGAAUGUUAUACCGAGAUGAGACUGAGAUGAGCAGGGUAUGGGAUUAUUUAUAAAUACAUAUUAUUUCAAUGUAUGAAUUGCAAAGCCUACAUUGAUCAUUUUAGGAAAUUUUAUUCGAUCUAUCCCACCAUCUAUGUGCUAUGGGGAAAACAAGUAAAUUAUGGACUUUUUCCUUUUCUUCUAAUAUAUUAUGAAUGCUUUUGAAAUUACAUGAUUUUAGAAUUGAAUUUUAAAUUUAGAUAUUGUAGCUGUUUUCUUAAGAUUAUAAUCCAUUAACUGUGCAAGCAACCAUUUGCUAUGUGUUAUAAAACGUGCAAUCCUUAAAAAAAACAUACCUUUUUGCAGUCUAACCUUGGUGAUAUAACAUCACUAUUCAUUUGUAGGAUUUUUAAAUAAACGUUAACUCAAUCAGCGGGUUUCUGAAGAGUCUCUGAAAAUGAAAAAAAAAAUGCAUAUAGUUUAUGAGUAUUAGAUGAAUUUGUAAUUCAUAAAUAUUCAACAUCAAAAUUCUCCUGCAGCAAUUAUUCUAGCUAAUUAUUCUAAUGGUACUGGAUAUUUGGUGUGUUUUUUAAAAUUGAUAAGAGCUUUGCAAUCAAGCUGUGCUUUAAGGAUCUCAGUAGUUCAAAAUGAGAUGCUUCUGUACAGCACUUCAUUUCCAAUAAAGAAGCAAUAAAACAACGCACUGCAAAGUAAUUAUGCAUAAUGCAUGACCACCAUGAGGCGCAAUCCUGAAAUAGUUCUUGCAUGUUUGUGCAUUACUUUUACUUUUACAACUUAUAGUUUUAAGAUUUUAUUCCAAGCAUUUAUGUAUAAAUGACAAAGUCAAAUGUAAUAUAAGACUAAGUUCAUAAAAGAUAUUUGUUAGAUUUUUAAGAUUCAUGAAAGUGACUAUGGAGGUUGUAUAUAUUAUUCAGUUUAUCAUUUCUAACAUCAGUUAUUUUAGGUCAUUUUACACAGCAAAACUUUUGUAUA